UGUUGAUCAACUAGAAAUUUCAACCUUGAUAGUUUAUUAAACAUCCAAUCAUGUCUGCUAGCAACUCUUUUGGAAACUACACAGGGUUUGGUGUGCCUAAUGGCAGUAGUACUGCUUCCAGCAGCAAUGCCAGCAGUACCGAACGCACUCAGAUAUCAGACUUUUCAUACUGUCUUUCCUCUGAGCUGGAUAUCAACGUUGUAUUUAAAAUUGGAAGUAUUGAGGGUUACAGACCCAAGGUUGCCUUGUCCAGAAUGCUCAAGGAUCCGUACUUGAGAGUUGGUCCAGAUUGUGAUGCCAGUCUAGACAGUGCAUCUGGAACUGACAUCUACAUCAGUAUUCAACCUUUUGCUGAAAAUAAACCGUUAGCACUUCCAAUCAGAACAAGCUUUAAACCUAUGGAAAGAACUGUCCAGUGGGACGAAUGGAUCGAGUUGCCUUUAAAGUACAGUAAUAUGCCUGCAACAACUCAGCUGGCGUUCACCCUUUGGGAUGUAUAUGCUCCACGAAAGCCGAUCGCUAUUGGCGGAACUACCUUUCCAUUAUUUGGAAAAAGCAAUACACUUCGAAAAGGAAAACACAAACUCUAUUUAUCGCCUUGGAUGGAAGCAGAUGGGUCCACACCAACAAAAACUCCACCAAAAAUGGGAAAAUCAACAGAAAUGGAUCGAAUCGAAAAGGUGAUGCGUAAAUAUCAGCGCGAUGACAUCCCAAAGCUGGAUUGGGUUGAUCAGCUAACAUUUUGUGAAAUUGAACGAAUCAAAGCUAACGAAACUGCUACACUCCGUAAUCUGUAUUUAUACAUUGACUUGCCGCAGUUUGACUUUCCUAUUGUGUUCAAUGAAAAGGAGUAUCAUUUUGCAUUAAAUGUGGUUCUGCGAUCUCUCGACUCAAAACUAGUCUCGAUUUUCGACCCUGAAUCACUCAAUGAAAAUCCCAUAGAAAACAAACAUCGCAAACUUGCUCGUAGUCAUCGAAACGGACCACUUGAUCGCGAAUUAAAGCCAAAUGCUAAACUUCGAGAUGAUUUAAACAAAAUUCUUCGGUAUUCUCCCACAAAAACACUAACAGCUGAAGAAAAGGAUCUGCUAUGGAAGUUUCGUUUUUAUCUCACUCGAGACAAAAAAGCUUUAACAAAAUUCUUAAAAUGUGUCAUAUGGACCGAUCCAACCGAGGCUAAGCAAGCAGUGGAACUUCUUAAUGUUUGGGUUGAUAUUGAUGUCGAGGACGCAUUGGAAUUAUUGGGUCCAACAUUUUCAGACACCAAUGUUCGAAGUUUUGCCGUAUUUCAACUAAAAAAAGCCGAUGAUGAGGAAUUACAAUUAUAUCUGCUGCAGCUUGUACAAGCACUUAAAUUUGAGUAUCUUGAAAAAAAAGUAUCGAUUCUUGAAUCUCCAUUGGUUGAGUUUCUCAUUGAGCGAGGAAUUCAAAAUCCAAUUCUUGGAAACUAUCUUCAUUGGUACUUGAUGGUAGAAUGCGAAGACAAGGUCAUUGGCAAGAUAUAUGCCAAAGUGGCUUUUCAAUAUAUGACUGCAAUGAUAGAGACUCCUGAUGGUGUUCAUCGCCGAGAUAUUUUAAGAAGACAAGGAGAGCUUGUAGCUACAAUUGCGCGCAUUUCAAAAGAACUUCGGACUGGAAAAGAACCACGGCCUAGAAAGAUUGAAAAGUUGCGAGAGUUUAUUGCAGAUUCCAAGAAUGGAUUGUUGUCGUUUCCUCCACUUCCACUUCCUUUGGAUGCACAAAUUCAGGUGACGGGGCUGAUUCCAGAAAAAGCAAAUGUGUUUAAAUCUCAACUGCUUCCACUUCACUUGACAUUUUCGUGUCUUGACGGAUCAGAGUAUUCCAUUAUUUUCAAAACAGGCGAUGACUUGCGACAAGAUCAGUUGGUUGUUCAAAUCAUCAUGCUCAUGGACAAGUUACUGCGAAAAGAGAAUCUUGAUUUGAGACUCACUCCUUACAAAGUGCUUGCUACUGGACCAGACCAUGGAAUGCUGCAGUUUGUUCGUGCUCAAGCCAUUGCAAGUAUUCUUGCCGAUUAUGGAAACAGUAUUAUGCCGUUUAUGAAGAGUGGAGAUUUGGAUUCAACAGAGAUAUCUCCUCAAACAAUGGAUACAUACAUUCGUAGUACAGCUGGAUACUGUGUUAUUACGUAUCUACUUGGAAUUGGCGAUCGUCAUUUAGAUAAUCUGCUUUUGACUAGGGAAGGCAAUCUUAUCCACAUUGACUUUGGAUUUAUUCUUGGUCGCGAUCCCAAGCCCUUUCCACCGCCUAUGAAACUAUGUAAAGAGAUGGUAGAAGCAAUGGGUGGGGCCAUGUCAUCCAACUACCAAAAAUUCAAGUCGUAUAUAUUUAUAGCGUUUAACAGUCUACGUAAAUCAGCCAAUCUUAUUCUCAAUUUAUUUUCUUUAAUGGUCAAUGCAAACAUCCCUGAUAUUGCUAUUGAGCCAGAUAAAGCAGUAUGGAAGGUGCAAGAACGGUUUCGACUGGAUCUCAAUGAUGAAGAAGCAAUUCAAUUUAUUCAGGCACUUGUGAUUGAAAGUGUUGGUGCAUUCUUUCCACAAGUCAUGGAACAACUUCACAAAGUUGCUCAAUUAUGGCGUAGUUGAUUUCAUAAUUGUACUUUGCAGAAUCCGUAUCAAUAAAUAUAAAUUUUAUGAUGUCUG